CCCAAGCGCGUCGCAACCAAGUGCGGACACCCGCUCCAUCCUUCGGCUUCACCACACACCCCCAAUUGCCCAGCUUGCACUCUCGCUACUGCAAAAUCGAGGCUCGAGACUGCACAGGAGCUGUUGUUACUAAAUGGAGGCCUCGAACGUCCCUGGAACUUGCGCGACGCAGCAUGGAACCGCGCGCGCCUCAAAUACAAUAUUGCGAACCGACGGAUGGAGGACGCGAGGAAAAGAGACCAGUUGCGGUGGGAGCGAGAGCAAACCUGGGAUGAAGCUCGCCUACGGACAGACGCCGUGCGCGUUGAUGAAGCCUGGGACUCCAACGUCGCCUCCGAUGUUUCGACAUGUGGGACAACGACACCGAGCCCGGAUGAACCUCGCCGUGCCAGCUUGACGUAUGGCACCUGGUGGGAGCGUCCUGGUGCCCUUGCGCCGGAUCGCGCACCCUUGACGCCGCAGCGACUGAAGAGAAAACGACGCAGCAAGGCACCCGUCAAGCCAAAAGGCUCACCGACCAUGCGCAGGAUAAUCCGAUCGCUCCGCGUUGCUAUCGCUGCUACGGAAGCUGAGAAACAGGCCCUGCAAGAGCGCUACAGAACCGAAACUGUCGUGCGCCAUAAGUGGCGAUUGGACGAUGAGACACCCUUUCCGGCGGACUUUUGGGCCUCUCCUGUUUCUAACGUUAUAGCACGGCGAACUCACCGGUACCUCCAGGAUGAGAAACGGAAAAUAGAACGACGUGCUCGAGGCAACAAACUCCGUCAGCGGCCCCCGCGUAGCUCGCUGUCUCACUGCGAGAGCGCCGAGGCUCUGAGAUCAGACGAAGACCUGGAGGAAAAGAUCAAGCUGAGAGAGGAAGCAGAGGAGCAGGAGAGACUGGAGAGGAAAGCCAGGAAAGUAGGAGCAGAGGUGGGGUACCUAUAUUUCGUUGGGGAGAUUGAUGGGUUAGAUCAGUGGAAGGAGGAUUACCUGAGGAGCAAUCAUAACCUGGUGUCGCGG